AUGGCACAUAAACCCACAUAUACCGAUCAACAGCUGGAGUUGUACCUGAGCCGCAUCGGGUAUUCCCACUCCACUCAACCCGAGAGCAAUCUUCUCCAGCAUCUCCGCCAGGAUAUCGAGAACGAUGCACUUUCGGCGCUAUGUCAUCUGCAAAGACAACAUCUCGUUGCCAUUCCAUGGGGCAACUCAGAGCUGCAUUACUCGCAACAUCAUACUAUUUCUCUGGACCCGCAGAGUCUCUUUGAGAAGAUGGUGGAGCGGCAGCUAGAUGGAUACUGCAUGGAGAAUACGGGACUCUUCUUUAUUGUAUUGCGGUCCCUGGGGUAUCGUGUUUACGCCACCGGAGGUAGAGUCAGUCAUGCUGCGGCGAAGGGAGUGGAUAAUGGGUUAUAUAUGGAAAUUGGGCAUAUGAUUUUGAUUGUGACUAUUGGAGGUGAGAAGUACAUGGUUGAUGUCGGGUUUGGAAACAAUUGUGCCACUGCUCCACUCUUACUUCAAGAAGGUGCUACUGCUACGGCUAUUGCGCCAUCCGAGAUGCGUAUUGUCAGAGAGAGCAUUGCCGAGUUUACGGAUCCAAGCCAAAAGAUCUGGAUCUACCAAACAAGAUAUAACCCCGAGAGCAAGUGGCUGCCACAGAUCUGCUUUUCAGAGGUGGAGUUCCUCCCACAGGAUUUCGGGGUCAUGAACUUCUCUGUCAGCCAGAGGCGGACUAGCUGGUUCACCCAGGUCUUUGUCUGCAUGCGAAUGAUUUUGGAUCAAUCUGGAACAGAGAUCAUUGGGCAGUGCAUCAUGUUGGGCAAAGAAGUGAAAGAGAGAUUGCACGGGCAAACGGAGAUCUUGCAGGUGCUGGAGACUGAAGAGGACCGCGUCAAGGCCCUGGCCAAGUAUUUCGAUAUGCACCUUUGUGAGAGUGAGAUCCAAGGUAUCCGGGGGAUGACCUCGGAGCUCAAGUAG